AUGGAUUUAGACACGGAUGUACCAAUGGAGGACGUUGAAGACCAACAGCAAACCUACAAUAGCAACGAAUCUGCAAUCAAAUCGGCCAACAAAGCCAAUGUCAAGGAGACAGCCACAUCAGACGACGCCAAAGAAAAAGCGCCAUCUCUAGAUGCCCUGUCAAUUAACCAAUUAGACGCAUGGAUCGAAAAGUUAUCAAAAUGUGAACCUCUUUCAGAAGCAGAUGUUAAGAAAUUAUGUAACAUGGCUAUUGACGUCUUGCUACGCGAAGAAAAUGUCCAGCCAGUUCAUGUACCAGUGACGAUUUGUGGUGAUGUCCAUGGCCAAUUUCACGAUUUAAUGGAAUUGUUCAAAAUUGGUGGUCCUUGCCCCGACACCAACUAUUUGUUUAUGGGUGACUAUGUCGAUCGUGGUUACUAUUCAGUUGAAACUGUGUCAUAUUUGGUUUGUAUGAAGGUGAGAUUUCCUAAUAGGAUCACCAUUCUAAGAGGAAAUCACGAGUCUAGACAAAUCACUCAAGUUUAUGGAUUUUAUGAUGAAUGUUUACGAAAAUAUGGUUCUGCAACCGUUUGGAAAGUGUUUACUGACUUGUUUGACUAUUUCCCUAUUACAGCAUUAGUUGACAAUAAAGUGUUUUGUUUACAUGGUGGGUUAUCGCCAAUGAUUGAAACCAUUGACCAAGUAAGAGAAUUAAACAGAAUUCAAGAGGUGCCACACGAGGGUCCCAUGUGUGACUUGCUAUGGUCCGAUCCAGAUGAUAGAGGCGGCUGGGGUAUUAGUCCUAGAGGUGCUGGAUUCACUUUUGGUCAAGAUAUUUCCGAGCAGUUCAAUCACACUAAUGACUUGAGUUUAAUUGCAAGAGCACAUCAGUUGGUUAUGGAAGGUUUUAGUUGGAGCCAUCAAGAAAACGUUGUCACAAUCUUUUCAGCUCCAAAUUAUUGCUAUAGAUGUGGUAACCAAGCAGCAAUAAUGGAGAUGGAUGAACAACACAACAGACAAUUUUUGCAAUACGAUCCAUCAGUAAGGCCGGGUGAGCCAACAGUUACAAGAAAGACUCCUGAUUACUUCUUGUAA